AUGGCCUCCAACCCCAUCGACAAGCUGGCCAUCGCCCUGCACCAGACCAGCAGCUCGCCCGCGACGGUGCGCGCCACCGUCACCAACAACAACGACCACCCCGUCACCGUCCUCACCUACCAGUCGCCGCUCGACCCGGCGGCCCUCGCGCUCGGCCUCCUCUCCAUCACGCCGUCCGGCGCGUCGCAGCCGCUGGAGCUGCCCACCAUCAAGAUGUCGCGCCAGUGGCCGCCGCAGGGCGACGCGCUCGUGUCCCUCGACGCCGGCGCGAGUGCGACCAACGACCUCGUCCUGGAGAAGCCCAAGGUGCCGACGGAUAAGUUGGGCGAGGAGGCGACGGUCGUGUUGGAGGGCAAGUGGAUGGCUGUGUGGCCCAAGGCCAGGAGCGAGCUGAGCGACGAGGAGAUUGACAAGUCGACUCAGCAUGGGUUUUCUCGGGCGUAUAAGACCGAUGAGCUUGUGAUUAAGUAG